AUGUUGACCCACCUCAGAGCCCGUAGCAGGAGUUUGUUCCCCAGCUACAAGCUCGGCAGCCGGACUCAAGCCGCCAAAGAACCGGUGGAGUAUCUGGACUUCACCAACACCUUUGUUAAACCAUGGAGCUCCAUGCAGGAUCUGAGCAGAGACAUCUAUGAUCUUUAUGCUGAGUACGAAGAUGAGGAAGAGGAGGGUCGAUUCCCGGUGUCUCCCUCCCACCUGCUGCUCUCUCCAACCAAACACUUCACUCUCAAUAUCAACGUUGGAGGAACGCUGUAUCACUUGCCCUACAGGUUAGCUGCAAGGUACCCCAAGACAAGGAUUGGCCGGUUGGCCACGUACACAGACCACAGCAGGAAGUUGGACCUGUGUGACGACUACAUCGUCCAGAGCAACGAGUUCUUCUUUGACCGGGACCCUAAAAUCUUCCACAACAUCUUCAACUUCUACAGAACUGGAGUGUUGUGCAUUAAAGACGAGCUGUGUCCACGCAACUUCCUGGAGGAGAUAAACUACUGGGGUGUCCGAAUCAGAAACAGCCAACGCUGCUGCCGCAUCUCCUUCGAGGAGAGGCAGGACGAGCUGAACGAGCAACUCAAAAUCCAGAAACAGCUGAUAGCAGAGGUGGAGAUGGAGGAGAACGAGGCGUUAUUUGAUGGCAUGGCCUUCGGCCUGAUCCGAAGGUGGAUCUGGAACCUGAUGGAGAAGCCUUUCUCCUCCAUCACUGCCAAGCUGAUGGGGAUCGCUUCCUCCAUCUUUGUGCUGGUAUCGCUGGUCGCCAUGACGCUCAACACUGUGGAGGAGAUGCAGUACAAGACAGCGUCGGGCGAACCCAGCGGCAGAUUCUAUGGCGAGAACGUGGAGACGUUCUGCAUCACCUUCUUCACCUUGGAGUACCUGCUGCGCCUGGCGUCCACCCCCGACCUCAAGUGUUUUGGACGCAGCAUGCUGAACACCGUCGACAUGGUGGCCAUCCUGCCGCACUACCUGCAGAUGGCCUUGGAGUACUUCGAAGACGAGGACAUGCACCUGCACUCGGGGGACAUCGAGACCGUUGCGCGUGUCGGAAAGGUGGGUCAGGUUCUGAGGAUCAUGCGUCUGAUGCGAAUCUUCAGGAUCUUGAAGCUGGCUCGUCACUCGACAGGCCUCAGGGCCUUCGGCUUUACACUGAGACAGUGCUACCAGCAGGUGGGCUGUUUACUGCUCUUCAUCGGCAUGGGCAUCUUCAUGUUUUCAGCCAUGGUGUACACUGUGGAGCACGACGUUUACAACACCAACUUUACCUCCAUGCCGCACGCAUGGUGGUGGGCCGCUGUGAGUAUUUCCACAGUGGGCUACGGCGACAUGUUCCCUGAGACCAACCUGGGCCGUAUCUUCGCCUUCGCCUGCAUCUCCUUCGGCGUCAUCCUCAACGGCAUGCCCAUCUCCAUCCUCUACAACAAGUUCUCCGACUAUUACACCAAGCUCAAGACCCACGAGUACACGGCCGUCACCAGGGCCCGCGGGAAGGUGCAGUUUGCCAAGAGAGCGGCAAAGAGGUUGGCUGAGUGCUGCGAGGACGUCGUACAGCAGAGGACAUCCCGUCUGCAGUGAGCCAGGACUACAGUAAGAUCUGAAGUGACAGUCAGGGAUGUGAUCAGGACAGCAGAGACAGCAGAGACUGCCAGUUUAUGGAACUGCAAAUGAACCUGGGACAUCCUGCACAGGUCAUUAUGCCACUCAGAGUCAUUGAACCAGUACCUGCUGAGAAAUCUCCAGCUGUCUGGACCUCCGGUAACACACUUUUGAGGACGAUAUUUUUCCUGAAAGGACAUUUAAAAGUUAUAUAUGAGAUUUAGAACAUAGAUAUAGCAGCAUGUCACUAUAUAUAUGAUGGAGUCACUAUGUCCUGAGCAGAGAAUGACACUAUCACUCUGCCUGUGUUGCUAUCGCAGCCUCUCUCUGGUUUGUUUACAACGCCAAGGCUGGCCGCAAAUGCAGGUUGGUGCAUGUGAGUCUCCCUCCCUGUACAACUGAGGAGACUGGCUGAAACUGUGUUUUUUUUUUUUCUAAUCUACGUUGCUGAAUUAAUUUACCUUCUGUCCACUUUGAUUGAAGUUAUGAAAGGAUGAUAUGCAAGGUAAAACUACUGUUUUUAUCUAUUAUAUAUUAUUGGUUGAACAAGAGCUAUAUCUCUGUAGGAAUCCUUUCCAUAAUGUUGUCAGACUCUUAGAAUAACAAUCUGAGCCUGUCAGUGGCAGAAACCUUUAGUGGAUGUACAAGAAUUAGUUAACGUUACAUGACAGCCAUUGCAGCCCGUUUCGCUAUUUUUACAUCUAACUCUGACCUAAGGGUUUACUUAUAACCAGAGAGGGCGAUUGUUGGGAAGUUCUGUUUUGUUUCUGUCCAGUUUGUAGUGUUUUACGAUUAUCUGCGAGGUAAUAUGUCCAUUGUUUUAGUCUGAGAUGCUGGUGCUCUAGUGCGACAUCUGCUGGCAAUGAAUUUCGUAUAUAUAACCUUUAAUUAAACUUACCUCUAUCAUCCUUUAUACGUG